AUGCCUGAAGGGUGCAAGAAGGUUUUAAUGGAUGAUGACAAAUUUGACCUUGGUUGGCCCGCUUCCAUAGUGGAGCUCAUGGGAAAGAAAUCAUUAAUUUUAAUCCCUUAUGAAGAACACAAGCGUCUAAGGCGCUUGACUUCUGCUUCCAUCAAUGGUAUGGAUGCCUUGUCCUUUUACUUGACCAAAAUUGAAGACAUUGCCAUAUCAUCGUUGGAGAAAUGGAGCAAGAUGGGAGAGAUUGAGUUUCUCACUGAGCUACGAAGAUUCACCUUUUGUAUCAUCAUGCAUAUUUUCUUAUGCUCUGAGGGAGACACUGUGAUGCAUAAUCUUGAAAAUGAGUACACAGCCCUAAAUCUUGGGGUUCGAGCUAUGCAAAUUAAUCUUCUUGGAUUUGCAUAUCAUAAGGCCCUCAAGGGAUGCUAG